AUGCUCGACACAACGGCACCUCGCAGAUCCCAAUCCAGCCUCCGCCGCCGCCGCCGCGGGAUCAUCCCUCGGCCUCGGUCUCCUCCUGAGCCAGCCGUGGUCGGGGCCGCGCUGGUCGCGCCCCGGCUUCCUCCUCCCCUUGCCAGAUCCAUUCGGGAUUUGAUAAUAAUGGGGGAGAGCAAAUGGAUGGGAAAAAGAUGGGAGGAGAUGGAUACUGAUGUUCUCGUGAAGAUAUUUAAGGAGCUAAACUUGGUUGAGCUAUCACCAGUAUCUCAAGUUUGCCGCUUAUGGCGUUUGGCCUGUUCAGAUCCACUUAUAUGGGGCACUCUUGACUUUGGGCUUCUAAAAUCCAACUUCAUUCAAACAAGAGCAUCUCCAUAUAUUUGGGUUGAUGACAGGUCUGACAAGAGGCUUGCAAAAAUACUACGGGUGGCAAUGGCAAUUAGCCGUGGAAAUGUUAAUUGUAUGAUAUUCCAUUACAAUCUGUACAUGAAAGAUGAACACCUGCAUUACAUCUCACAAAGAUCUCCUCAUCUGAAACGAUUGGUUAUGCCAGCAUGGAACCGCAUUUCAAGGGCGGGAAUAUGCCAAGCUAUUGAAAGGUGGGAAGAGCUGGAGUCCUUGACUAUGCCUACCAUUGGUCAUCCUCCAUAUAUCAUGGAGGGGUUAGCCAAUAACUGCAAGAACUUUAAAGAGCUCAAGAUCAUGGGUUCAUUUGAUCUCCUAUUUGCUUCAGCAGUUACCACAUACCUUCCAAAGCUGAAAGUCUUGAGCCUUCGUUGCUCAAAGGUGACAAUGGGUGCCUUGCAAUGUGUUCUGAACUCGCUGGAGCAUCUUGAGGUUCUGAAUAUUUCCCACUGCCUGCUGUUUGAGAUGGCGACGAAUGGGCGUAGGCAAGUGAUUCAUGAGCUAGAUAACAAAGCUCUCGAGAGAGCUUCCCGGCUGCGGGAGUUCCACCACUGCCAAAGCAGACAAUGUGUCGCAUGCCAGCGGAUGAUGCUGGAUGAAGGUAUCUUGCGGUGGUAUAGGUAUGAGGACUGGUUUUGGCGACGGGAUGAGGUGAGAUCGCUUGAUCUGAAAGAUUAUGGGAGGCUGUUUGGUGCACAGUGUGAGAUGCUGACAUCGGUGGAUUAG